AAGCAUGAACAACAUAAGUUUGAAAACCCGAGUAUUGACAUACUUGAAGCUUACUACAACCACGUAAAUGGGGUUUUCGGAACGCGAUUUCCCACAUUUCCGCCAUUCAUGUUCAACUUCACGGCAGAUUAUUUGCCGAUGAGUCUGGAGAUACCGAGAAAAGGGACGGAGGUGAAGGUUCUGAGGUUUGGUGCAAACAGUAGAAGUUGUGUUUCAAGGCACCAACUUGGUGGCAGGGAUCGACCAUCCAAUGCAUCUUCAUGGAUUUAGUUUCUAUGUUGUCGGAUACGGGAAAGGGAAUUUCAACGAAAAAAUGCACCCCAGGGAUUUCAAUCUGUUUGAUCCUCCGCUCGUCAACACCGUGGCUGUACCCAAAAAUGGCUGGGCCGCCAUCAGGUUCGAGGCUGCCAAUCCAGGAGUAUGGUUACUACACUGCCAUCUAGAGCGGCAUAUUUCAUGGGGAAUGGAGACUGUCUUCAUUGUGAGGAAUGGCUUAAGGUCCAAUCAAACUCUGCCUCCUCCACCUCCUGACAUGCCACCCUGUUGAAGCAAGAUUCUGAAUUUCUCCAUUUGGGAUUAUGAGAAAGCCUAAUAUGCAUCUACUGUGUUUUCUAAUUACUCUCUUUGUUCAAUCCUUGUGAGUCUUCCUAUUUAUAAUAUGCAUGUACUGUGUUUUCUAAUAACUCUCUAUAAUUCGUUCAAUCCUUGUAAGUCUUCCGGUUUCAA